UUUUCUAGUGUCGCCAUGGCAGGGCAGCUCUCUCCCAUCCCAUGGUGGUCGCCCACAGGCCAGUGGCCAGCCAAGCCAGCGAUCGUGCUAAUGGAAUGGCCAUCACUGCCCCCAACUAACUAACCACCUUUUCAGUGCACUCCCCUCCACUGGCCACUGCGGCACACUGCCAUACCUAUCACCAUGCAUGCAGCAGAGCUUCCAUCCAUCCAUCACCUACAAAUCCCUGUCGCUGUCCUCGCCAUCGCCGUCGCUCGCCUCGUCGUCGUUGUCAUCGCCCACGUAGCAGCUAUCCAAGGGUGUCGGUGUACAACUGGGUGUCGGCCACGGGCAGCUAGAGCUGUGAGCGAGGGAGGGUAGGUGUUUAGGAGAUGGACACCAUCGAGGAGUGCGGCGAUGGAGGCCGCCACCUGCUGGGCGGCCUCGGCAACAGGAUCCUCGUCGGCGUGCCGGACAACUCCCGCGGCUGCUCGGAGCUGCUGUCGUGGGCGAUCGGCGCCGUCGCCAAGGCCAGCGACUCCGUCGUCGCCGUGCACGUCCUCGGAGGGAGGGGGAGGAAGAGGAGGCUGCAGAAGGCCAACGCCUUCGUCAUCUACAUGCUCGGCGAAUUCGUCGAAGCUUGUGAGGCCAAGCAGAUUAAUUUGGAGGCUAAAGUGAUAUGCAGCUCCAACAUUGGGAGGGCCCUCACCCAAGAGGCUGCAUUGACUGAUGGAAACAUCCUUAUUGUUGGGAGAUCAAGAAAUGGAUACCAUAGGAGCCAUUUUGAGAUUGCAAACUACUGCUUCAUGCAUGCUCCAAAAAACUGCUCGGUGAUUGCUGUUGGAAGGGGAGGCCUACCACAAACUAGUACUCGGCUGAGACCUCGGUCAUUUGAUGCAGCAGACAGCACCAUCUCCUCAAGCUCAACAUGGAGCAGAAGAUUCCCACCCCUUCAGAAGCUACUGAGAUCAAACUCGAUACGAAAGCUGGCUCAGUCUUCUAAUGAAGGCGCCGAGGACAAGAGCUCGCCGAGAGCAGUUCUGGAUGGGCCAGAGCCAGAGGGAGGGGAGAACCAAGUCACUGAAGAAUGCUACAGCACGUCUAGCCAUGAGGCGGGCCGGCGUGGCCACAAUGGCCUGUGGAGGCGGUUGUCAGACAUGAAGCUUUGGCUCCCAUUCCUGAGGAACAUCGGUGAUGAUAGCGCCAGGGGCAGCGAUGUCGGUUCCACCUAUGCUGAAGAUCACAAGCCUGCCUGGAGGUGUUUCAGCUUUCAGGAGAUUUCAGUGGCCACUAAUGACUUCCAUCCAGAUAACAUGGCUGGAAGAGGAGGCUAUGCAGAAGUGUACAAGGGCACCCUGUCUGAUGGCCAACAUAUAGCUGUGAAGAGGCUAGCAAAAGGCACGCCCAGUGAGCAGAAGGAGAAAGAGUUCCUGGCAGAGCUAGGAAUCCAGGGGCAUGUAUGCCAUCCAAACACAUCCUACCUUCUUGGAUGCUGCGUUGAGAAUGGGUUGUACCUGAUAUUCGAGUUCUGCGCAAAUGGCACCCUAGCAUCGGCACUGCAUGGGAAGAGUGGGAAAACUCUUGAAUGGCCUCUGAGGUACAAGAUUGCGGUGGGUGUUGCAAGGGGCUUGCAAUAUCUGCAUAUGUUCUGCAAGCAUCGGAUCAUCCAUCGCGAUAUCAAGGCGUCCAAUGUACUUCUUGGUGAUGACUUUGAACCUCAGAUUUCAGACUUUGGUUUGGCAAAGUGGCUCCCAAAGCAGUGGACUCACCAUUCUGUCAUACCCAUAGAAGGCACAUUUGGGUACUUGGCACCAGAAUACUUCAUGCAUGGCAUCGUCGAUGAAAAGACCGACAUAUUCGCUUUUGGCGUACUGCUGCUAGAGAUUGUCACUGGAAGGAGACCCAUUGACUGCUCCAAGCAAAGCCUUCUACAAUGGGCAAAGCCACUGCUGGAAGCUGGGCAAGUGACUGAACUUGCAGACCCAAACCUCGGGGACGACUAUGACAAAGAUCAACUGAAUAGGAUGGUCGCAGUCGCAUCCCGCUGCAUUAUGCGACCGGCGAUGUGGCGGCCUUCAAUGGCCGAGGUUCUGCAUUUCCUGUCCACUACUGAUGAGUGUCUCAAGGAGCCCGAGAAAUGGAACAUUCCCGAGGAUGAGGUGGACGACAUGGAUGAUUGUACAUUGUUUUCUGAAUCCUUUUCACUGUAAUUGUAGCCUCUUUUUUCCCAUUUCUUUCUGUAUGUGCGGUUGGAUGCCUUUCUUGUCGUGAGGAUGGACUUAGAUGACUGGUAUUUAAUCAUGUAAUAUAUGACAGAGAUUUUUGGGGGAUGUAUCAGUUAAAUGAGAGUAUGGAUGA